ACUAGAGUUACUUAUCUCUGCUCCACAUGGUCUCCUCUAGCUGGUUUGUUAACAUUGCUAGUCUCAAAGAGUAGCAAGUGAGAGCAAGCACCAGUAUACAAGUACUUUUCAAGUGUCUGCUUUUGUCAAGUUUGCCAUUGUUCCAUCAGCUAAAGCACACAAGUACUUCCCUGGCCAAGCCCAGAGUCAUUGCAGGAGGGGACCAUUCAAAGGUAGGGAUACAAGAAGAUGCAUAAAAACCUGGGGCCAGUAUUACAGUAAUGAAUAAUAAUUAAUAAUGUUAGAUCUCAACUUUUGAUAAAUCUUAUUAAAUACCCAUUUCUGAAUUUUAGUGAUUUCUAGCAACUAAGUAAUAUGAUCGUGCCAUUAGUAACACAUUCUCUUCUACCAAGCAUGAAGCAGAGUGAUAGUUUUUCUAGGAGAAUGCCAAAGAGAGACAGUGUGGUUUUCUCUUGUUUUUGUUUUUUGACAGUGUGAUAUUGAACAUAAAUAUUCUUUUUUAAAAAUUUUUUUUUUACAUUUUGAUGGUCCUUUAUUUUAUUCAUUUAUUUAUAUGUGGCGCUGAGAAUUGAAACCAGUGCCUUACACAUGGUAGGCAAGCACUCUACCACUGAGCCACAACCCUACCCCCGAACAUAAAUAUUCUUAUAUGAGUGGCUAAACUGCUCACUAAUCUUGUGUAGCUAUUAUCAAAGGAACCUCUGGGUUUCCUCAACCCCCAUUCAACCUUUAUCACAAAAAUCCUAGUGUAAUAAAGUAGAUUUUGUAGUUAAGAAAAAAGAUGUACAAUUUGGGAAUCAACUACCAACUAAGAGAUGAGAGAAAACAUUUUCAAACUCUCUUUGAAACCUUUAUGUAUUUUAGAAUUUUUUAUCUAAGAAAUCCUUCUUUGGGCAUUGUAAUAACAACAAAGGAAUCUCUGUAGAUAUGUUGUAUUUGGUCAAGAUUUUAAAAUUUUCUCGUGGUUGCAGUGAAGAAUCCAGCAUUGUACUGUGAAGUCAGUGGCCAGGAACCACCAAUUUGGGGCAUCAGCUUUUGACCUUUGCUCAUGAAGAUCUCAGAGGUACAAUACAGUUCAGCAAACAUUGGUUGAAUGCCCCCUAUGAGCAAGACAUUAGGUUUGAGUAGAAUACGAGCCUGACCUGAUGGUUUUUCACUGUGUUGCCCAAGCUGGUCUCACUCUCAUGGAUUCAAGUGAUCAUCCCACCUCAGCCUCCCAAGUAGCUGGGACCACAGAAACGUGCAACCAUCAUCACAGAGCCUUCUGGCUUCCGUCAUUUCUGAUGAGAAGUCCGCUGUUAAUCUUAUUGGGGUUCUUUUGAUGCUUCAGGAUGAAACGCCAUAAGACUCUCACCAGCAGUGACAGUUCAGACGAGUGUCCUUCUACUUCCUUUACUCCUGGCCCAAUGUAUAGGAGCAAGUCAAAAAAUCCAAAAGAACACAAGAAACCUGCUGAGGAUCUUGCUAAAUUGCCUAUGCUGGCUUCGAACUUGAGAUCCUCGUGCCUCAGACUCCCGAAUCGCUGGGAUUACAGGCGUGCGUCACUGCGCCCGACAACAAGCAUACACUGCUUACAGGUAUUCCGGAAGGACCUCAUCAGUGCCAUGAAAAUUCCAGAUUCUCAUCACGUCAAUCCUGACAGCUAUUAUCUCUUUUCGGACACGUGGAAAGAAGAAUGGGAAAAGGGAGUCCAGGUACCAGCCAGUCCAGACAAUAUUCCACAGCCUUCUGUCAGGGUUAUAUCUGAGAAAGCAAAAGAGGUUCUCUUUGUUCGACCCCGAAAGUACAUCCGUUGCUCCAGCCCAGAGACUACAGAGCCUGGCUACAUCAACAUUCUGGAGUUGGCAGCAUCUACAUGCCGCUAUGACCUAGAUGACAUGGACAUCUUCUGGCUUCAGGAACUCAAUGAAGACCUCGUAGAAAUGGGUUAUGGGCCAGUUGAUGAGACCCUUAUGGAAAAGACAGUAGAAGUCCUGGAACGCCAUUGCCAUGAAAAUAUGAACCAUGCUAUUGAGACAGAGGAAGGGCUAGGCAUAGAGUAUGAUGAAGAUGUGAUCUGUGAUGUGUGCCGGUCUCCAGACAGUGAAGAAGGGAAUGAUAUGGUAUUCUGUGAUAAGUGUAACAUCUGUGUGCAUCAGGCCUGCUAUGGCAUCCUCAAGGUCCCAGAAGGCAGCUGGCUGUGUCGCUCCUGUGUCCUGGGCAUUCAUCCACAGUGUCUUCUAUGUCCAAAGAAAGGUGGAGCCAUGAAGACCACCAGAACAGGGACUAAAUGGGCUCAUGUUAGCUGUGCCCUGUGGAUUCCAGAGGUCAGCAUUGCUUGUCCUGAGAGGAUGGAACCAAUCACAAAAAUCUCCCACAUCCCACCCAGCCGGUGGGCCUUAGUUUGCAAUCUGUGCAAAGUGAAGAUAGGAGCUUGUAUUCAGUGCUCCGUGAAAAGCUGCAUCACUGCCUUCCAUGUCACCUGUGCCUUUGAGCACGGCCUAGAGAUGAAGACCAUCCUAGAUGAGGGGGACGAAGUUAAGUUCAAGUCAUACUGCCUCAAGCAUAGCCAAAACAGGCAGAAACUUGGGGAAGUCGAGUACCCCUACCACAGAGCUGCUGAGCAGAGCCAGGCCAAAAGUGAGAAAACCAGCCUGCGGGCACAGAAGCUUCGGGCGCUGGAAGAGGAGUUCUAUACUUUGGUACAAGUGGAAGAUGUGGCUGCCGAGCUUGGGAUGCCCAUAUUAACCGUGGACUUUAUCUAUAACUACUGGAAACUGAAACGCAAAAGCAACUUCAAUAAGCCAUUAUUUCCUCCGAAAGAAGAAGAAGAAAAUGGCCUAGUACAGCCAAAAGAGGAAAGCAUUCACACUCGCAUGAGAAUGUUCAUGCACCUGCGGCAGGACCUAGAGAGGGUCCGAAAUCUGUGCUACAUGAUAAGCAGGCGAGAGAAGCUGAAACUGUCACACAACAAAAUACAAGAACAGAUCUUCGGUUUGCAAGUCCAGCUUGUUAACCAAGAAAUUGCUGCAGGACUUCCUUUGACAAAUGCACUAGAAAACUCAUUGUUUUACCCACCACCAAGAAUUACCUUAAAGUUAAAAAUGCCCAGAUCAACCCUGGAAGACUGCAAAAACAGCUCCACAGAGGCUGAUCACCGACCCUGCUCUCCUGGCAGUGGCUCCCCCGUUCACAGUAAAAAGAGCAUGCAGGUGCCUCAGGAGCCACUAGAAAUGAAAGUGAAAUCCUAUCCAAGACAUCCACUAGAGAGCAAGAGUAACUGUUUGCUGGCCAGUCUCAGCCAUUCUCGGAGUGAAGCAAAAGAUUCCAGUCCUGCUUGGAGAGCUCCCUCUGCAGAGUUCUAUCAUGGGCAGUCACUAGGGAAACCUCUGGCCCUUCAGGCAGCCCUUCAUGAACAGUCUUCAGUUGGGAAUGGGAAAAGUCAGACUAACUCUAAGUUUGCCAAAUCCAAUGGUGUAGAGGGUGGCAAGUCUGGGAAUGUCACCCAAAAAGAUAGCUCAAGUGAGGAGUCCAUGCUUAGCUCCCACUUGGCCAGUCAGGGUAGCAUUAGAAAGUCCACUAUGGAACACUUUGGCAGGUCCUUUAAAGAGGCCACCAAUAGAUGGGUGAGGACCACUGAAGAUCUCCAAUGUUGUGUGAAGCCAACCAAGAAUGUGAGCCCAAAGGAGCAGUUUUGGGGUAGGCAGCUUCUCAGGCGAUCUGCAGGGAGAGCUUCAUAUCAGGAAAAUGAUGGAUAUUGCCCAGAUCUAGAGCUUAGUGAUUCUGAAGCAGAAAGUGAUGGAAAUAAAGAAAAGGCCAGGGUAAGAAGAGAUAGUUCAGACAGGGAAAAUCCUCCCCAUGAUUCUAGACGGGAUAGCCAUGGUAAAAGCAAGGCACAUCCUCUCUCCCAUAGUUCAAUGCAAAGGUGAUGAGAAACUAUCAAAUUUAACCCAAACAUUGCCUUUGCCCCAUAUUUGGGGGGAAAUCCAUACACCAAAAGGGUUCUAGCAUAAUAUUAGGAGGAAUUGCAGGGAAAAUUUAAGAAUUUUUUCCACAACAAAUUGACUUGCAGUUUUGGAAAAGGUUUCAACUCUAGUUUAUACAAGCACAUUACAAGAAUUUCAGGUUGUCCAGAGGUUUGUUUGUUAGAAGCUAUUGGGAACAGUGGGUCCAGAGUAUUUGCUCAGUAAAUACUUGAGGGCAGCUUUCCAGAUACAUUAACAUGUUGAUGAGUCUAUAUACUAAGUCUUUGCAUUGUUAAUGGAUUUUCAAGAGACCAUGAUUAUCAGACACUAAAACUACUUAUCUUUCCAAACUACAGCAUGUGAGUUUCAGAGCUCCUGCCUGUAGAAAGUUUCUAACUCUGCUAAUGUCUCUAAACCCUCUUCAGGGGAGAGACCAGGAAACCAACAUUCUCAGAUACUGUCAGACUCACUACCCUCUUCCUUUGCUUUGUGCAAGGUUGAGUUCUUUUCACAGUAUCAUAACUUACUGAGUCGAUUCUCCUAAUGCUUACAAAUGUCCAGUGCCUGUUCCUAGACGUGCUUGUUGGGGACGCACUUAUAACUCUCUUCACCCAGCUAACAAGCAUAAAAAAACCUAACUUGUGGAUAGUGUUUACAAAAGUACAGAAGUACUACUUCCAAGAAAAAAAAUGCUCUGAUUCUCUCUGUUUAGGCAUUUGUGAAGGAUCCCAGAGCCUUUCCCAAAGUGAGACCAUUUCUGGGAUAUUUGUACCAGGUCAGGGUUUUGUGUUGUUGUUUUCAAAUAAGUUUGACUAAAAUAAGUUUGGCUGACAGUUUUUGUAUACCUGCUUUAAUGUUUAUAAAAAUUUUUAUUGAGGUAUAAUUAAAAUAUAAUAAAAUGCACAGAGGUUAAGUAUUCUUACCUGCUUUAAUUUUGAAACAGAUUUUUAUUGUCAACAGAAUUUGAAAGCAUGUGUUUAACACAUGGAUAUAAUUUAGCUUUGUAUCAAUUUUGAAUCCAAGACAAUUUUCCAAACAAAAAGGCUGGAGUUGUUUUUUCAGAAGUUGCUUCUACCCUGUUCCCAAACUCAGCCUUGAUUAAUUUCUGGAGGAAGAGAAUAGUUACAUUUUGGGAGGAGGGGAUAAAACAUGUCUGCUUCCCAUUUAAGAAAGGGGGAAGAUGCCAUUUUUAAAAUGUGAAGCAGACUAAUUCUCAGCUCUCUUUUCUUCUUAGCCUUAAAUUGAUAUUCUCUUUCUUCUAGUUUGGGAAAGUAUAGUGGGAAGUUUCAGACAAAAGUGGCCAUUUUCAAUUUUUAAAGUUUCUUACUGGUGAAACAGUCCAGCUGCAGUAGGUGCCAGUCAGUGGAGGCAGGGGCCCUCUCUCCAUCAAUAUGGAAGACUCAGCAGUUUUCCUUUCCCCCACUUUUGUUCUUAAAGCCUUAUUAAUUGGUUCCUCUGCCUUUUGUUUUCGCUUUUUCUGAAAACUUCUGUAUUUUGCCUCUCCUUUGCCUACAUCUUCUAAAUGUUUCUUUUGUGCCUAUGUACAUGUGUGAACAUGCCAUAACAUAUGUGGUAGGUGUCCUAUAUUUUGUUUGAAUGGAAAAAUGAGGAAGAGAAUUUCCCUUAUUCAUGCACUGGGCUUCUGUGCUUUUUCUUUGAGUUCUCCUGGGGUAGACAUUAAUUUGACACUUUCAUGGUAACAAAAUUAUAAUAGAGCUGUGUUGUAAACUCCUUAUGUUAGAGGCCUGUGUCCUUUCCUUCCUUUCCAUUCUGAGUGAGUGGAAGGAAAAGCAAACAUCAAAAUAGUGCUUCAGCCAAAUUCCAUAUGUAAUGCCAUAGGGAGAGUAUGGAGUAAAAUAUCAUUCCAGUCAGGGAAAUAAUAAUGGUAAUAUUUUUACAGGAUUUUCCUAGGUAAAUGAAGGAGCCUUCAGUUGUAUACAUUUCAAUUGCCCCAAAAUGCAUUUGCUACAUUUUGUUGUUGUUUCAAGUAUUACCUCUUAACCUUUGUUAAUUUUUUCAUUUUGUCUUAUAUAGUCCAGUUUUCAAGAUAAACUCAGUCUUUUUUCAAAUGUCACCUUUUUACCAAUACUUUUUCAUUAAAUUAUGAAAACUGUUAA